GUGUGCAUUUCUCUAUUCAUCUCUCUUGACUCAUACUGAACAAAAAUCCAUCCCAUCCACAAAAAGGAUGUACCUUGGAGGAUCAAUUACGUGCCAUGAAAAAGCGCCUCGCAGAGAUUGCAGCUAUUCCUAUUCAGAUUCAAGCUACUUUGGACAAUGUCACGAAGACAAUGGAAAAUCUCUUACCACUAUCUCCAGAGAUUAGUGAGAAUGAGAGUGAUUACGGGUAUGAAGAGAUUGAGCAGUAUGAUGAUUCCUAUCGUUUCGACAAAAAGGAAGUUGAGGAUACUGCAUCGGAUAAAACCGAUGAGGAUCAAUCUGAUUUAGAGGAUGAUGUUGAGGAGGAAGCUGCGGCUGUCUCAUCUGCCUCAAUCUCAGAAACAUGUGACAAUGAGCCGGAAUCUGGAUGUGUAUCUGCUACACCUGAAGAUCUUCAACGUUCAGAUAGUGUCUGGAGCUCUUGGCCAUGGCAGGAGCAACCCAAGUCUGUUCCUCGGAGAUCCAAUUGCCACUUGGUGCCCAGAACUAGCAUGAUUCAAAACAGGAUAAAGCAACUGAAUGAGAAGCAAGUGUUAGCUCCGUACACGAGAAAUGAACAAAAUGUGGGAAACUAAUCCUGUAUCUUCUGCAGCACAUUUAUACAUCUAUUUUAUGUUUGUACGAAUUUAUUUUGUUUGAAAUUAUUGUGAGAAAUUAUAAUAAAUUUAUUGAUUAACA